AUGUGGCCCAUUUGGCUGCUGGUGCUCUUAACGCUAUCACUGGCCACUGGCCGCCAGGUGGGCAGAUGCAGUUUGGCCCGGCAGCUGUAUCGAUACGGAAUGGCUUACAACGAGCUACCCGAUUGGCUGUGCCUCGUGGAGGGCGAGAGCUCGUUCAACACAAAAGCCAUCAAUCCCUCGAACGUUGAUGGAUCCGUGGACUGGGGUCUCUUCCAGAUCAACGAUCGUUACUGGUGCAAGCCGGCGGAUGGUCGUCCAUCCAACGAUCUGUGUCGCUUGCCCUGCCGCCUGCUGUUGAGCGACGAUAUCCGGUAUUCCAUUGCCUGUGCGAAGUACAUCAGGAAACAGCAAGGAUUCUCCGCCUGGGUGGCUUGGAACAAUCGAUGUCAGGGUGUCAAGCCCAAUGUGAAUCACUGCUUCCGGCGGCGACACAGAAAUUCGGGUUGAGCAUCGGUAAAAAGCUAAAAAAAAUACGAAACUUAAGAACCUAAAUGCAGAAUAAAAUAUUAUAAUAUU